AUGUUUAGAAACAUCGUAUCAAAAUCAUUGAGAACUGCCAAUAGGUCAUUAUUCACAUCAUCAUCUGCCCAACUCAUAGCUUUCAAGUCCAUGCCAUCAGUGGCUCAAUUGAAAUCAUCACCAGUUCAAAAACAACAUCAACAACAACAGCAAACAAACCUCAACUUUGUUCGUUCAUAUGCUGGAUUCCCAGCAUUAACUAGAGACGCCGCCAAGGAAAGAGUUAUAGAAUUAUUAGAAGGGUUUGAUAAAGUAGACACUGCCAAGAUUGGCGAAAUUGCCGAAUCAGCCAGCUUUGUCCAAGAUUUAGGGUUGGAUUCAUUGGAUGUUGUUGAAGUAGUUAUGGAAUUGGAACAUGAAUUCAAUAUACAAAUACCUGAUAGUGAAGCUGAUUCAUUAAAGACUGUCGGUCAGGCUAUUGAUUAUAUUUUGGCUCAGCCUGAUGCUUGUUAG